AACCAGGCUGGGGCUUCCUGUUUGGGUUGCAAGCGGAAAUGCAACCUAGGAGCCUCUGAGAGCUCUUCCUCUGUGCACAUUUCUAAUAAUUCACCACUAAAUAAACGCACAGGCGACUGAAGAUGUCGGAAACCGGGAACCGACUACGGAAGCUGCUCGAAUCGCCGAACUUCGACCCGCAGAACUACGUGAAGCAGCUGUCCCAGCAGUCCGAUGGCGACCGAGAUCUGCAGGAGCACCGUCAGAAGAUCCAGAACCUGGCCGACGAGACGGCUCAGAACCUGAAGAAGAACGUCUACAAGAACUACCGACAGUUCAUCGAGACGGCCAAAGAGAUCUCCUACCUGGAGAGCGAGAUGUACCAGCUGAGUCACAUCCUCACCGAGCAGAAGAGCAUCAUGGAGAGCAUCACGCAGGCCCUGCUGUCCACCGACAAGGAUGAGACCUCCAAGGAGAUGCAGGCUGCUUUCCCCAAGGAAACCGAGGAGGUGAAGCAGAGGACGCUCACCUCCCUGCUGGAGAAAGUGGAGGGCGGUAAGAACAUCAUGGACACCCCGGGGAGGCAUCUGGUCUACAACGGGGACCUGGUGGAGUUCGAUGUGGACAACAUGUCUCCCAUCCAGAAGGUGCACGCUUUCCUGAUGAACGACUGUCUGUUGAUCGCCACCUGGCUGCCGAACCGCAGGGGAACCGUGAAGUACAAAUACAACGCGCUGUACGACCUGGAGAGCUUCGCCGUGGUCAACGUGAAGGACAACCCUCCCAUGAAGGACAUGUUCAAGAUCCUCAUGUUCCCGGACAGCCGCAUCUUCCAGGCGGAGAACAGCAAGAUCAAGAAGGAGUGGCUGGAGAUCCUGGACGAGACCAAGAAGAACAAAGUCACCAAGGACCGGCACAAAAAGGAGGAGGAGGUCCCCACGUCUCCCGUCAGGGUCGAGGUGUCCACCAACCCUUUCGACGUGGAGGACGACGAGCCCGCGGACGCCGAGGAGAACGUGGACCUCAGCCUCGAGUGGAUCCAGGAGCUGCCGGAGGACCUGGACGUCUGCAUCGCCCAGAGAGACUUCGAGGGCGCCGUGGACCUGCUGGACAAGCUCAACGGGUAUCUGAAGGACCAGCCGGUCACCCAGAGGGUCAAAGAGCUGCGGCUGAAGGUGGACGAGCGCGUGCGGCAGCUGACGGAGGUCCUGGUGUUCGAGUUGUCUCCGGAUCGGUCGCUGCGUGGUGGACCUAAAGCGACCAGGCGGGCCGUGUCCCAGCUCAUCAGACUAGGUCAGUCCACCAAAGCCUGCGACCUGUUCCUGAAGAACCGUGCGGCGGCGGUGCAGACGGCCAUACGCCAGCUUCGGAUCGAAGGCGCCACGCUGCUCUACAUCCACAAACUCUGCAACAUCUUCUUCACCAGCCUGCUGGAGACGGCCAAAGAGUUCGAGAUGGACUUUGCCGGGAACACGGGCUGCUACUCCGCCUUCGUGGUCUGGUCCCGAUCGGCCAUGAGGAUGUUUGUGGACGCCUUCAGCAAGCAGGUGUUUGACAGUAAGGAGAGCCUGUCGACGGCAGCGGAGUGCGUUAAAGUGGCGAAGGAGCACUGUCAGCAGCUGACGGAGAUCGGCCUGGACCUGACCUUCACCCUGCAGUCGCUGCUGGUCAAAGACAUCAAGGCGGCCCUGCUGAGCUACAAGGACAUUAUCAUGGAAGCCACCAAGCACCGAAACUCAGAGGAGAUGUGGAGGAGGAUGAACCUCAUGACCCCCGAAGCUCUGACUAAACUCAAGGACGAGAUGCGGAGCUGUGGCGUUGGCACCUUCGAGCAGUACACCGGCGACGACUGCUGGGUGAACCUGAGCUACACCGUCGUGGCCUUCACCAAGCAGAUGAUGAGCUUCCUGGAGGAGGGCCUGAAGCUCUACUUCCCCGAGCUGCACAUGGUGCUGCUGGAGAGCCUGCGGGAGAUCAUCCUGGUGGCCGUGCAGCACGUGGACUACAGCCUCCGCUGCGAGCAGGACCCGGAGAAGAAGGCCUUCAUCGUGCAGAACGCCUCCUUCCUCCACGACACCGUGCUGCCGGUGGUGGAGCGGAGGUUCGAGGAGGGCGUGGGAAAGCCGGCCAAACAGCUGCAGGACCUGAGGAAGAGCACCAGGCCGGUUCGAAUCAACCCCGAGAGCACCACGUCUGUCGUCUGAGACUAAAAGGAUGGACACUUAAACGCUCUUUUACUGACGUUGUAGAAAUAACUGCCUGAUAUUGGUUGUUUUAAAGGACACGAAACGACAGGACUCUCUCAAAAACACCUGCAGAUAUUGGCCAAUAUUAAUGAGGAAGGAUCUGACGUUAGUACUGCUUUCACAAAUCCUUGUUCCUGCACUCAAUAUUUGUUUUUGAGCAACAAACAUCUUCCUGUUUUCAUGUCAGGUCGCAGUGAUAAGUGAACCAAGAGGCAUGCAGCUCCUUAAAGUUGUGUAAUAGUGCAGCGAAUACAUUAAGAAACAUGUAUUUGUUGCACUAUUACAGACGUAUAUGAGACAGUAGAUACGUUUGUUUAUUUUCGGAUCCGAAUUGUUCUGUGCGGUUUUGUGCACACGUGUGUUUUCCGAAAUGUAAUCACGCAUUUUAUUACAGACAAUAAUCUGAUGUUAAUGGAAAACUAAUGUUUAUGCUGUUGGAAAGUUUGGAAGCAGUAUGGUUGUGACGCUACUGGACCAUUAUUAGACACUAAUAGUAUUCUAGCACACUAGGACUGAUUUAAAAGGGACUGAAAGCCAAACGCACUGGUUAAUGUUCACUGUUUAACACAAACACAUGAAAUUUAAUAAAGAUCAUGAUGCACGAGCGCA